GACAUUGUGUCUGAGCUCAAGCUACCGAAGCAAGAGGCAGGAACUGGCUCAUCUGUGAGACAUUCGACAUUGGUGAUAAGGUGACAUCCCGUAGCUUAAACUCCAAUUCCCACCUGCCAGCUCUACCAUCCUUCUCUCCCAUGCGAACUGGUUUUCCCCUCUUAAGGACUCUGCCUGAGGAUGACAUUCGAUCCCCCGCAAUACAUUGUCUCGCUCCAGAACAACAUCAGGUCACGGCCCAUAUCAUGGGAAGGCGCAGUUCGAGCCAAAACUAUCACCGAGGCAGACCUGAAGAAAAUCAAGUCCAUAGAUAAGAUUCGCAAAGAACAGCGAAAGCAGGUGAUUGAGGCAUCACCUGCUGACUAUGUGGACCUGUUCUUGGGUUCUGAUAAUGAGGCGAGCAUAUUCCAGGCGGCUGUAAAGAGAACAGACAUAAUCCAUUACAUGCUCGUCCUGCUCGGAGACAUUCUUGAAGACAUCCCAAGCUUUGCCCCGGAGCUCCUUAAGCACCCGAGCCCGUUCAAGUCGUUUCUUCCGAUGCUUAAGCCAUCCUCAAACCCAGACGAGCCAACAGCUCUCUUCACAUCCAUUGUUCUCUCUACAAUGUUGUCACAUGCGCUUAGAGCGUCAGCGAAGCCUUCUCUACAGAUCGAAGAAGCGCUGCCCCAGCUGUACUCGUGUCUAUCAGCCUUGACCAGGUCUUCUGACGCUGGUCUGCAGGAUAUAGCUAUGCAAGAGUAUUCGGCGGUAUUGCGUUCGAAACGUUCUCGAGAACUGUUCUGGGAACACAGAAAAGAGACGCUGGUUCCGUUGUUUGGUAUUCUUCGCGCUGCUGCUGGAUCAGGCAGGGAGACAGAUUCUACUCAAUGGAGUGGAACAGGCAGCAUGCGUACAGUAGAUUCGGGACUCGCUGGCGGAGUUGGCAUACAACUGCUGUACCAUGUCCUCUUAGUUAUAUGGCAGUUGAGCUUUGAGGGCAGCCUUGUUGGAGAUGGCCUUCAAGACGAGCACGAUAUAUUGAUACUCUACAUCCAGCUGCUACGCCUAUCACCAAAGGAGAAAACAACUAGGCUGCUAUUGUCUACCCUCAACAACCUGUUAAAAUCAAAUCAGUCAACACUGUUACCUGCUGCCAUCCUGGCUCGCCUUCCAACGCUGCUUCAGACUCUCAAGUCUCGGCAUUUAUCAGACCCAGAUCUCCUCGAAGACUUGGACGAGCUCAUCGAGCUAACCGAUGAAUACACAAAAACCCAGACGACCUUUGAUGAAUACGCUGCAGAGGUCAACAGUGGCCACCUUCGCUGGUCACCGCCUCAUCGCAGCCAGGUCUUUUGGAGCGAAAACGCUCGCAAGAUAUUGGAAGACAACAAAGGCGCUCUACCGAAGAAGCUUGCUGAGAUCAUGGCGAAGCCUUGGGACAAUGACAAACAGGUUCUUGCAAUUGCUUGUAAUGACGUCGCGGCUCUGGUCAAAGAAGUUCCAGAAAAAAGAGCGUGGUUGGAGAAGCUCGGGUUGAAGAGCAGAUGCUUGGAGCUGAUGAGUGAUUCAGAAGAAAGUGUGCGAUGGGAAAGCUUGCGGGCUGUUGGCGAGUGGUUGAGGUACAGCUUCGACUCCUGAUCUGGUUCCUGGCUCUGGACGGUUAAUGUUAGGGUUCUGAUGUUAAUGUACUUUAGAUCGGCCAGGUGGUGGUUUGGCACAUAUACGGCAUAACAUUUCUAGCUUCUGGAUUGAUAGUACCUAGCGAAGACAUCUCACACAGUUUUACUAUUCCGGGUCUACUUUGAGAACUGGAGAUGGAUUGCGUUCUUUUGUAAACAUUCACGUGAAAUAAACUGGUACCAUAUGAGGACAACGACAUACAAACCAAGGCGGGGGACCUGCGUGUCACCUGUGCCCAGAUUACAG